GCUAUUAAUGGUAACGAUUGUUGUGAACGAGAGAGCAGUUGUUGUCAAACAAAUGGAGUGAAGACUGCAUUGAAUGGCAAUCAAUGGUCUCGAAGAGGAAAAUCCGAUUCAAUUUCUUGGAAAACGAGAAGGUCUUGUGCUAUGAACCGGACCCGAAGAAGGCGAAAGUGUUGUAUGAGUCGAAAGUGUUGUCGUGUUGUGUAGGGAAGGACGGGUUGGGCCGCAAAUGCGCCAAAUAUUUGGUUCACUUCUACGGCUGGAACUCCUCGUGGGAUCGACUCGUCAUGGAGUGCGAUAUCGUCAAAGACAACCCACAGAACAGAUCCCUUCAGAGGUGUUUAGCAGAGAAGGCGGCCAUCGCUCUGAAGGGAAAGAAACUAAAACUCAACAAAAUUCCGGCCAUUAUUAAGGAGAUUGUGGUCAACACGAACAACACCGACACUAAUGGCACACAUCUCACAGACAACGACACGAAUACCUCGGAUGAAGACCCGGAACUGACGCAAGAGGACUCUGACAGACACUCCACCGUCUCUUCGGAUGACUUGAACUCAUGGAUGAGUUGCCGGACAAGUGUGCGGACGAGUGUCAGCAAUGACUGCAACACAAUGUCUGUGAUGUCGGAGUCCAACACUUACGACGAGUCCGACUCUCAAUCACUCAUCUGUUGUCUGACCACCGAAUUGAAAGCCAUUUUAGACAAAGACUUCGCGCGUUGUGUGAUCGAGAGGUCGUUAUACGAACUGCCGGUUCAGCCAAAUGUCUCCCAAAUCAUCGAUGAGUUCGCUCUCAAUAACAAUAUAUGUCUGACAACUGAUCCGAACGCAGCCAUCACUGAGGAGAACGAGUCUCAGAUUGUGUCUGAAUUCAAGAGUUCUUUAGAGAUCUAUUUCAGUGCUCUCAUCGAAAACCAUUUCCUCUUCUACAACGAGGAAGAGAGGCAACAGUUGAGGCAAAUGCAGGUCCACUGCAAGCACUCGUUUGAUGCCAACCAGACCUAUGGGUUCAUCCAUUUGUUGCGGUUCUUGAUAGCUGUGCCGGAAUUCUUACUAAACUCCGCGAUCACUAAAAAACAAUUGAAAAUCAUAGUCACACUUAUCAAACAUUUUGUCGAUUAUCUCAACAAAAAACGGGAUGUCUUUAUGUAACCAUACCUUACGGCACAACCGCUCAUUAGCUUUCAUUUCAAUAAACGUGUCAUUCAUUCGUACAUUUAAAGUAUUUCUUAGUUUUCAAUUUACC